CCCGCGCGCCCGCCGGCGCGGCCUCCACGUCAGGUUCUAGUGAUGGUCACUUCAGUUGUAAGGGUUCAACAUAUGCUGCCAUACUGAUUGGGCAAGCAGCUGUUGUUCUUGGCCUAAGCAGCAACUCUGUAUUGGCUCAGGAUGAUUUGGUUGCUCCAGCAGCUACAAGUGAGCAAGCUGAUGUAAAUGUUACUGGCCUGCGUCGCAUUGAAGAUGGUUCAGUGAUCUCAAAUGAACACACGAUCAAAUGGAGAAUGUGCACUGAUAAAGCACGAGAGUUUUUCAUGGAAGGAAAACUAGAUGAAGCAGAGAAGUUAUUCAAGGCAGCCUUACAAGAAGCUAAAGAAGGAUUUGGACUCAGAGAUCCACAUGCUGCAUCAGCUCUGAACAACUUGGCAGAGUUUUAUAGGCUAAGGAAAGAGUAUGAGAAAGCUGAGCCGUUAUAUCUGGAAGCGAUUGAAAUCUUGGAGCAAUCAUUUGGACCUGAUGAUAUACGGGUUGGAGCAGCUUUCCGUAAUCUUGGGCAAUACUAUUAUAUCCAACGCAGGUUUGAUCAAGCUCAGACAUGUUUUGAGGUACCUGUUUUUACCUCAUGAUUUUUUUCGAGUUAAUGUCUUAUGUUUUUUGUAAUUGUAUUAUCUUGUAAUGUUUGACAAGCUUUUAAUUGAAAUGUCAUCUAGGCAAUAAUUCUAAGGAAUGAAUAUACAUUUUCUGUUGCUACCUUAACAUGUACUCCCUCCGUUCCUAAAUAUAAAUCUUUUUAGACAUUUCAAAUGGAAUACAACAUACAGAUGUAUGUAGACAUAUUUUAAAGUGUAGAUUCACUCAUUUUGCUUCGUAUGUAGUCACUUGUUGGAAUUUCUAGAAAGACUUAUAUUUAGGAAUGGAGGAAGUAGUUCUUUAAUCUUGCUGGACACAAUGAUGGCCAUAUUUCAAUAAUCUUUGGAAACCUCAAUAGUGCGCAACAUCACAUUGGAAUAGCCAGGAAAAUCAAAUAUAGUGUUGUAUGUGUGGCCCAUCACUUUUGGCCCAUGACCUAGACAAUGAGAGGCUCAAAGUUGUCUGCCUCUCUUCGGUCUACAUGGUAUCAGAGGCUAGGGCCCUGGAGAUGGCAGCGUCGUCAGCGAGGCUCAUCUUUCUCCCUCUCGCGGCAGAGCAACGUGGUGGCCUGGAGCUGUGCGGCGGCUGCAGCAAAGGGCAGCGCGCUGGCGUGUUAUGGGAUGGCGCGGAUCGACUGGUGGUUGGGCGGCGCACAGGUGGUGGAGUGUUAGCGGGAGGCACUGCCGGAGUUGUUGCUGUUGUUGAGGUUGGUGUUGUUGGAACUGAUGGCUUAACUUGGCGCUGACGCACGUAGAAGAGGUUCUCAUAGCUAAAGUGAGUGAUCCUGGUGGUGGUGUGGCUGCUGAUUGCAGAGGAAGGAGGCAACACUGGAGGUGGUACAACUAGGAGAAGAAGAGAUGGAGGCUGUCAUGGGGUCUGAACUGGCCACUGCUCUUGAGAAACUGACGUAGCUCAUGACUGCGAAAAUUGUUGAGGGGUCAUCUCCAACACCGAUGCAGAAGGUGGUGCACUUGUCGUGUUCCAAGCAGAUCGGGUUUUGAAGCUUGAGCUCAUGCCAAAUGACGUGAAUUUGAAUGGCAGGAGCAGCUGCCUAAGCUGGUCGAGGUGGGCCCUGUUGAUAUUGAAGCCAAAGGAUCUGAUGGGAUAUGUUCUUCGGACGGUUGAAGAACAUGCUAACAAGGAAAGCUCGGGAUGGAAGAAGUGGAGUGAUAUUGACUACCUGAUACUAGCAUGGAUGUUGAACUCCUUGAUUGUAAUGCUCCCAAGGCGGAGGUAGGUGUUGGUAGUAGCAAUGGAGGUGGUCGAAAUGGGAGAUGUUGUCAGAAUCAGGGUGGUGGUUCUUCAAAUGCUCCUUAUUGGAAUGCUCCCAAGGUGAGGCAUAGGGGAUUGCGUUACAUGGACCACAACAGGACGGAGCAGGAGGGAAUGCACAUGGUAGCUGCAGUCGUUGAGGAUAUGGAGAUUACAGCCCUAAUCCAGGAUGGGACAUGCUCCCAAGGCGAGGCGUAGGGGGCUGUGGUACAUGGACCGCAACAGGACAGACCAUGAGGGAAUGCACAUGCUAGCUGCAGUUGUCGAGGAUAAGGAAGUUAGAGCCCUAAUCUAGGAUGGGACAUGUGUCUUUUGACAAAAUGUAUCAAAUAUUUCCUGAUGUAUUGAAUGGUGUGGACAAGAGCAAGUUGAACCGUGGCUCAGGCAUUGAUGUUCACCAUUAUGUGCCCAAGUUUCUGUGUAGUGAAGCUGUCAUGAUGGCCACCUUCUUGAUCAUCGCACGCCAUCCCGGUUGAAAGGUAUGAAAUUGUUGUGAGUUAAGUUUCACAGAAAAUAAAUUUCUAAUUCCUCCCAAGGUGUUUGGUUGCACUUGUUUUGUUCGUGAUCAUAGGCCAUCAACAAAUUGGAUCCUCAAGAGUCAAGUGUAUCUUUAUUGGGUAUUCUUCAGGACAAAGGGGGUACAAAUGCUAGAAUCUAUAUGAGAGGAUGACAUUUGUGAGCAUUGAUGUUACAUUCCGUGUGUCAAAACCUUCUUAUGGUGAGAAAAAUGAUCUAAGCAUCAUGUCCGAAGGCCAUGACCAAUCUCGGGUUGGUGAAAUUGGUCAAGUGGGGGAUAGUAGUGGCACAUUAACUCAUGUGGCUCCUGUGACACAAGCAUCGACCUACACUAGUGAUGCGCAGGUUGGUGCAUCGGCUCAAGUUGGUAGCGUGCCUGGCAGUGUGCUGAGGUGGACAGCAGAGCAAGCGAAGCAGCUCAAGGUAUAUUCAUGGAAGAGUGGUAAUGUGUUGCACAUUAGGGGGAGCAACUAGAUCAGCCACUGAUGGAACAAUAGGGUAGUACUAAUGUGAUUUCCAUCUCCUCUGAUGGGGACCAGGCUGAAGGGUCAGUGGCUACCGAAGGGUCAAUUGAUGGGCCGAUUUCUUUGGGGAGAAGUACUCGAGCAAGAACAAGGGUACCAGAUAAUCGGUAUGGGUUCGAUGCCAAUGAUAUUGGAAAUUAAGUUCUGUAUGAGGCAUUAUCUCCAACCUACAAAGCAUUUGUUGCUUCUCUUUAGUCUAAACUAUAGAGCAUUUGUUGCUUUUCUUCAGUUUGUGUCAAUUCCGACUUAUAUGAAGGCAAACGGGUGACUUAAAAUGACAUAUGGCCUUGGUGGAGGAGCUGGAGGCUCGAGGCUCUGUGUAAGAGCAAGACAUGGGCAGUAACACCUCCAAACAGGAAAGAAUGCAAUCAACUGCAAGUGGGUAUACACCUGUGAAGCAGAAUGUAGAAGGAAAGAUUGGAAGGUACAAAGCAAGGCUUGUGGCGAGUAUAACCAGGCCAAUGACGGUAAAUUGGUGGACUAAACCAAAGAAAGACCGUCUCUUUGAUGACGUGGUCAUUGGGAUACAAUACAACAACAAAGAUGAUGAAGAAUAUGACCUACUCAAGGGGUCAAGUACUCGAUCGUAACUAAAUCAUCUUGAUGCACUCGUAGCAUGAGCACAUAGGGCAAGAUGAAAAGAAGGAUAAACAAACGAGAUCGUCAACUUUAGCAUGGCAUGCUUCCAUCAGUGCUUCAAAACAUUUGCUAUUCUUAUCUCUAGAAGGGUGCUUCUACUUUUGUAGUGUUUCUAGCAAAAGAGGACAAAACUCUACCUUGAAAAUGUAUAACUCCGGUAUCGCGUUGCGGGUGAAAAGGGCCUGAAUAUUUCCUAGCAGCCAACACCCCACUAACUCACACGUCAUUCUUGCAUCUCACGGCCCGAGAAACGGCAAAAAGCAAAAGGUGUGGACAUUGUAUUUUUUUUCCAUACAGAGAAACUGACCGUCUUUGAAGGUGAACAUUGUGGGGCACUACUGUCAGCAGAACAUUUCCUAGUGUGCAAGUGAAUUUGAAGGUGGUAAAAAGGCAGCAAAGUGUUCCAGCAGCUAGCCAUGAUGCUUGCCCCAUCGCCGAUGCAGAGAAACCUCUCAGCAAGCACUGGAGCUCACCAUUUCCACCACAUCAACGCCUCUGAUCUCCCCUGUGGUUCCCUUUCCCGAGAAGCAACUUAUCUUGGUUGUUGGAUCGACGUACAUAUAGCCAUGGGCACGCAAGGCCGAACAUCUAUUUCUUCACCUGCCUUUCCUCCCACCUGGGCAUGACGACCUUCUCCAUGUAGGUGUUCGACGAUGAGGUUGCCCCGUCCACGCUCAGCAGCAUCGCACCUAUCUUGCGCGUAACCACUGAAUCGAGCCCGAAUGCCCCCAAAGUCUCUUAACUCUGUACGUGCAUUCGUUUUCGCAGGCAUACAUAUGGUGCAUUUUGCAUGUUGUUUUGAUGCGUUUGGGUUUGGAUUUUGUGCUAGAUCGAGUGCUCCCGGUGAAUUUUUUUGGUGUCGGAUCAAUGCCGCGUAGGCUGUGGAAUUUUUUUGUCUUCACACAUUUAAAAUUAUUUGUUCUGAGAUUUGGGGGGGGGGCAUGCAUGCCUCGAUUCGUGUUCUUCUAGGAUGUUUUUUGCUUUUGAUUCACAAUCAUAUGGGUCUAUGAGAAAAAUAGUUUGUGUGAUUUCCUGGAGGAAGUUUCUGGGUUGUCUUAUUUUUUUUUUGCUUUGAAGAGCUAAUUUUAGAGUAUGUUCGUAGUUUACACAUUAGAUUUUGCUUCGCGAUUAGCCAUACAUAUUACUUGUUCAUUUCAGUUGUGUUUAACACUUGAAGGAGCAGUUAGAUGUACUAGAUAGUGGUAUUUCCGAUACUUUGCUUGUUUUGUUGAAAUCAUAUUGCAAUCAUAUAGUUAUGGCCAAUUGGUUUCGCUAGAGUAGUUUUAGAUAUCUCAAAUGGGCACUCAAAUAAUUGGUUUCUAGUUUCUACUAGACCCUACAAAGUAAAUGGAAGUUUUUGCGUUUUGCUCGUUUUAUUUUUAGAUUACUUUUUUGCUAUGAACAUAGGUAGGUAUGACGCAUUGAAGAAGGCACACCGGCUGGAUCACAAUUCUGUUGGUCACGGAGUCAGCAGUUUAAGAUUGCUUUGCUCCAAUGACUUGAGAAGGCGAGAUGCAAUCUCCAUGGCUCUAUGUAUUUUGCAUACUCUAGCGUAUGUGGUGUUUCCUUCAUUUCGGUUCGUUUCCUGAAUAAAAGGAUAUGUGGUGGAUUUCUCUCAAUCAAUAAGCAACUAGAACUUAGCACAUGUACAUAUAAAAUAAAAAGGAGCAAAGGAUGCAUCAUAUCAUCUGGAGUAACAUAAUUGUGGCAUUACACUACUUCUGGAGUAACAUAAUUAAUAAAUUCAGCUUGCAUACUUGCUUCAUGACAUCUCCUAACAAAUACCAAUUGAAUCACCUUGGGCAUCGGCUAAUUAUCUAUCAUCUUAUCACACAAUUACAAUUUUAUUGAAUUGAAAUCAAAUGAAUUGAGGAGUCAUAAAACAUCAUCCAAGCUCCAAAUACAAGCUACAAGUAGGCAAACACCAUCCAAUUCAACCGCAUUUUUUAUGAGCAUUUUAAUCACUCAUACAUUGAGAUAUCAAUCAAGCUACUAGUUCUCUUGUAUUGGCUUGUUUUCCAUCAGUGUAAAUUGAAUUCUGAGACCUAUAGCCAAUCAAAGCGAUACACUUAUCCACUUAGCAAUUUGUUAAAGCUUUAUCAAGCAAGUAAUGAAGCUACUAGCUACAUACAUUGGUUUUACAACAAGGUGAAAAUUGCAAGCCAUGCAAGGUAAAUAAAGGCACAAGCAAGCCAAAAACAGCAAGCAACUAGAAAUGAACUAAAAUGAAUGAAACUAAUGAAGGAAACACCAUAUACGCAAGAGCAUGCAAAAUACAUGGAGCCAUAGAGAUUUUGUCUCACCAUAUCAAGUCAUUGGAGCAGAGCCGUCUUGAACCGCUUGACUCUGCGACCGAUAGAAUUCUAAUCCAGCCGGUGUGCCUUCUUGAAUGCGUAAAACCAACAUAUGUUCGCUGCAAAAAAAAUUAAAAAUAAAGUGAAUAAAACGCUAGAAACUUUAAUUCCUUUGCAGGAUGCAGUAAAAACUAGAAACCAAUUAUCCGAGUCCCCAUUUAAGAUACGUGAAAUUAUUCAAGCCAAUUCAUUGACCAUAACUAUUCGAUUGCAGCAUAAUUUCAACAAAACAAGGAAAGUAUCGGAAAUACCACUAUUUAGUACACCUAUUCUGCCCCCUCAAAUGUUAAACGCAAAGGUGCUCUGAAAUGAACAAGUAAUACGUGUGGAUGAUCGCCAAAUGUAAAAUCUAAUGCGAACGCUUACGAACGUAGGAGGAAGCUAGCCGAGCCUAGGAGGAUUCGCUUAGGUAGCUGGAACGUAGGUCUUUGACAGGGAAGCUUCGGGAGCUAGUUGAUGCAACGGUGAGGAGGUUGAUAUCCUUUGCGUCCAAGAAACCAAAUGGACGGGUCAAAAGGCGAAGGAGGUGGAGGAUAUAGGCUUCAAGCUGUGGUACACGGGGACGGCUGCAAAUAGAAAUGGCGUAGGCAUCUUGAUCAACAAGAGCCUCAAGGAUGGAGUGGUAGACGUCAGGAGAUGUGGCGACCGGAUUAUCCUGGUCAAGCUGGAUGAUGAGGUCACAAGGGAUAUACAAGGAGAUAUCCCAUUGUGUAUGCUCUUUGCGGAUGAUGUGGUGCUAGUUGAGAUAGUCGGACGGGGUAAAUAGGAAGUUGAGUUAUGGAGACAAACCUUGGAAUCGAAAGGGUUUAGGCUUAGUAGAACUAAAACCGAGUACAUGAUGUGCGGACAAACCUUGGAAUCGAAAGGGUUUAGGCUUAGUAGAACUAAAACCGAGUACAUGAUGUGCGUUUAGUACUACUAGGCGUGAGGAGGAGGUUAGCCUUGAUGGGCAUGUGGUGCCUCAGAAGGACACCUUUCGAUAUUUGGCGUCAAUGCUGCAGAAGGAUGGGGGUAUUGAUGAAGAUGUGAACCAUCGAAUCAAAGCUGGAUGGAUGAAGUGGCGCGAAGCUUCUGGCAUUCUCUAUGACGAGAGUGCCACAAAAGCUAAAAGUCAAGUUCUACAGGACGACGGUUCGACCCGUAAUGUUGUAUGGCGCUGAGUGUUGGCCGACUAAAAGGCGACAUGUUCAACAGUUAUGUGUGGCGGAGAUGCGUAUGUUGAGAUGGACGUGUGGCUACACGAGGAAGGAUCGAGUCCGGAAUGAUGAUAUACGAGAUCGAGUUGGGGUAGCACCAGUUGAAGAGAAGCUUGUUCAACAUUGUCUGAGAUGGUUUGGGCAUAUUCAGUGCCGGCCUCCAGAAGCUCCAGUGCAUAGUGGACGGCUAAAGCGUGCGGAGAAUGUCAAGAAAGGUCGGGGUAGACCGAAUUUGACAUGGGAGGAAUCCGUAAAGAGAGAUAUGAAGGAUUGGAGUAUCACCAAAAAACUAGCUAUGGACAGGGUGCGUGGAAGCUUGCUAGCCAUGUGCCCGAACCGUGAGUUGAUCGCGAGAUCUUAUGGGUUUCACCUCUAGCCUACCCCAGCUUGUUUGGGACUAAGGCCCUGUUUGUUUGGGCUUUUGCUUCUGCUUUUG